AUGGCGCGACCGAGACCGCCCAAGACCGCGCCACCGGAGCGUGUCCGUCCUGACCCGACGCCGGAACGAGGUGUUCGUCGACACGAAGGCGGCCUGAGAGACGACGAAGGCACCAGAGCGGAGCGAAAAGGGGCGGCAUGUCCGAAAAGCGGUCGGCGAGGGUCAGCCGAAGUUGGGAAGCUUUUGGUUGCUGAGAACCCUGGAUGGCUCAGGUACAAGCUUGAGGUUUGCCAAGAUGCAGUAGAGACCUUGGAGAAGAUGGGCCAGCAGCCGCCUCAGCUCAGCAUACAGUUCAUAUUCGGGAUCUUCAUCGCGAGUUGGGACAUGUUGGGCCCUCUGCCUCAGGCGGCCCGUCGUCGCCCGGGAAGCUCAGAGGAUGCCAUUUCACUCUGCGGGACGGGUCAAAGUGGGAAGACUUACUUGGCCAAUCUCUUGUUGGACCGGCCCCAGCAAGGGCAGCAGGUUCUGCAGGUUGGAGGAGGCUUGUGGUCCACCGCAAGGACCGAAGGUGUGUGGCUUUGGGCCGGAGGCGUCGACAAAGACGAGAGGAGUCCCCUGAUCCUUCUCCUGGACUGUGAGGGGUUUGGAGGAGCGGGUGCCACCACCACAGACGACAGCUGCCAUGGUGCAUCACGAGAUAUGCAAAUCCUGGCCUUGUCGUGGCUGUUGUCCUCCGCCCUUGUCAUGAAUUGCACCGGCAGCCUCAACGAGGCGCUCUUCGACCAGUUGAAAUCCGCGUCGCGCUUCGGCGAUCUGGUGGAGGAGCGAGGCACUGAGGCCUAUGGGAAACCAGCGCUGCUGUGGUUCUUGCGAGACUUUGAUGAAGUACCCCAAGAUGAGAAGGGGAGAAGCAUGACAGCCGACGAGUAUCUGGAGAAGAGUCUCCACGAAGCAUCCAAGGAAAGUGCGCGGAAAGCUGGAAGCGUUCGUCAUGGUCUUCUGAAAUUCUUCAGGCAUCGGAGCUGUCAUUUUGCACCCAGCCCUGGUAGCCGUCCUGAAAGCUUGAGCUACUCGGCGCUUGCGAAGCCAUUCAAGGCAGCGGUGGAGCAAUUCCGCUCCAAGCUCUUCUCCACAGCGCUAGCUUGCCCAAAGGCGGUGAACGGCAAGCCACUGGGAUGCGUGGCCUUUACAGCGCUUUUGGGGCAACUUGUGGCCGGGGUCAACGAUGGCAGGAUCCUCAGCCUGCAUGCAGCUUGGGAGUCCGUGCAACACACCUUUUGCGGCUCAUUGGCGGACGAGCUCCGGGCCGAAGCUUCAACUCUCUUCCAGACCUUGGCGGCUGGGCGCAGCAUCGCGGGUGGUGCAAAGCUCCCAUUGAGUGAGGAGGCACUUUUCACGGUGGUUCGUGACCGCAAGCGAGCCUUGAAGGGCCAGUGGGAGGAGCGAGCCUUUGGUGAUGAAACUGUGCGACGCACUUACUGGAAGGAGCUGAAAGCCUCCUUGACGCGAGAGGAGAACAUGGUGCGAACACAGAAUGCGCGAGUCGCAGAUCAGCAACUCAUGGAGGGAGUGAAAUCAUGGCAGGAAUGGCUUGACAAAGAAGAUGAUACAGGGAUUGAUGAGAUUUGUAGCCAGCUCGGUGCCUUGCUGGCCAGGAUGCCAUGCGCACCUUUGUCCAGAGCGAGCCGUAUUGCCAUCCAGGCCGCUGCCCGCCGCAUGUCUGCCAUGCGGAGCGCGGUGACGCAUGCACUGGAGCGGCAGACGGACCUUCAGCGAAAAGCAGUGGCAUGGGGUGAGAAGGCCGCGCAACAGGAAGGCACAGCAAGAUCCGAACUGGAGGCUCAAAAGGCUGCUCUUGAAGAGGCCGCUGCCCGGGCCCAGCAGGCAGAGGAGGAGUGCACAGCUCUUUGCAAAGAGGUGGAGACCAAGGAGGCUCAGCUGGAAGGCAAUCGAGAAAGCCUUGAAGAGCAGCUGAACUUUUUGGAGGCAUCAAAACUUCGAGAACAAGAGAUGAAAGCGAAGCAGCGUGUGCUGAAUGAGUCUGAGGCUUCCUUGAGGAAAGAUCUCGAACAGGCCCGUGCAGAUGUUGCCCGCAUUGAUGCAGAAAGAUUUGCAGCAGAGAGAUCUGCCACCAACGCGGCAGCGGCCACCCAAGCAGAGCAAGAACGGCUCAAAGAGCUGUUGGCCGAGGCCCAGAGAAAGAUCGAUGAAACCAAGCUGGAAUUGGCCAAAGAGAGGGAUACUCAUGGAUCUGAGAAGACUCGACUACAGCAGGAGCAUGAACAGCGAGUUCAGGAGUUGCGCACUAAGCACGAAGAUGAACGUCAAGUCUUGAGGAGCAAGCAGGAUCAAACAAGAGAAGAACACAAUCGAAUGGCCGAGGAGAUGCGCCAGAGACUGGAGAAUGAACGGCAAGAGCACAACCGAACCAAGGAUGAUGACAAGGGCCGCCUGUUGGAGCAUUCACGCACCGCGGGGCUGCUGGAGGGUAAGAUCAUCGCCAGCACUGAAGAGAACAAGGCUUUGCGCCUCAGAUUGGAGACCUUGGAGGAGAAGGCACAUGAGACUGAAGUGGCCAUCCGGACCAACUUGGAGGAGUAG